GUUUGUACAGCUGAAUGGAAGUACAAACAGUUGAUCAACACCAACCAGUGGGGGAGAAAAAAAAAACAGAGCGGUCGGUCCCAGAACCCAACAAACUGUCUGAUUAAAGCCCAUCCAGCUCCUCGGGGCGCAGACCGCGGCUGACCGGAGACAAAGGGAGUGAGCGCUCAUUGGCUCCGGCCGUGUGCGCUCUGUUGUCCCCCAGCGAGAGCAGCUCAGCCCCUAUUCACAUGUUAAUAAGCCCCUAUAAAUACUAACAACAGCCACUCAGCGCCAGCAGCACGUCUCACUAGGAUUGCACAAUAAACAUAGGGCGCCUCGCCUCGCCUGCGAGUUAGUCGAUUUUUUUUCUUCUUUCUGAAACCGGUUCCGUUUGCCAGCUGCCCCCUCGCUGACGACUCGGGAGGAAAAGGCAGCAGUGGGAGAAGCCACAGAAGCGGCGAUCCAACCAACAUGGCCCCCUCGGCUCGACCCAGCAACACCGGACUUGGCAUGGAAGAAGAUUCCGAGUCCGACUACGGGAUCCAGAAAGCGGACAGAAAGAUUAGGAAACCUCUGGUGGAGAAGAAGAGGCGAGCUCGCAUCAAUGAGAGUUUGCAGGAGCUGCGGACUCUGCUGGCAGACACAGACUUUCAUUCCAAGAUGGAGAACGCAGAGGUGCUGGAGAUGACGGUGAAAAAGGUGGAGGACGUACUGAAGAACCGAACCCAAGAAACAGACACACUCAACCAGGAAGCCAGUGAGAGGUUUGCGGCCGGCUACAUCCAGUGCAUGCAUGAGGUCCACAUGUUCGUGUCCAGCUGUCCCGGGAUAGAUGCGACAGUGGCAGCGGAGCUCCUCAACCAUCUGCUGGAGUGCAUGCCCCUGAACGAGGACCACCUUCAGGACGUGCUGAUGGAUCUAAUCACCGACACUUCUGGGAGUAACGGCAGCACUUGGCAUGGAGGCGGGGAGGCACUCUGCACGAAUCUGGCUUCGCCUGGAGGAAGAAGUCUGUCCAGUGGCUCGUCCUCGGCUCUCUCCCCCGCCCCCUCCACCACAUCCAGCGAGGACCUGUGCUCCGACCUGGACGAGACCGACAGCGAGCACAACCAGAGCUCCAUCGAGGGCUUGGAGAACAGGGAGGCCCUGAGCACGCCCACCAUGACCUACCCUCGGUCUAUGUGGAGACCCUGGUAGGGGUCUGGGGUUUGGAUUGGAUGCAGUUGGGAUAUGUUUUAAGAUGUGACACUGGGCCUCUUACUGGAAGGGAAAAUUCCACCCUACAACACAUGGACUCAAAAAUAACCAUUCAUUUUUUGUGGUGUACCUUGCAUUUCUGGGCUCAUUUAGCCCUGCAGACAACUGGCCAUAUGCAUGGAUUGUUUUUUUUCUGGAUUCUUCACAUUGAUGUUCAAUAAUCAAAUCUGAUUUAGAAGACACCAAUUUGUCCACUGACAACAGCCUCAUUUGACCAAAAUGCAGUGCAACCACAGACACUUUGUGCUCUGUGGAGGGACCAUGACUGUGGCUUUACUCCUCACUCAGAACUGAAUGCAGCAGCCUUACCAUGGCAUUCUGGAAAAUGUAGGACACCAUACAUUGAAACAGACAGUGCAGGUUUUCAUCAGAAAAAUACGCCAUAAGUGCUUUGGAUGGCACAGAAAAAUGUCUAAAGGCUGGAGUUUUCCUUUAUCACAUUGGAGGUGCCCUUCCUCUCAGGGGCCCCUGCAGCAUGGGGCCUCCUGAAAAUACUCCUCCUUUUCUUUUCAGUUGUGACUCCCCUGGCUUUGAGUCAUGUGUUGUGACUUUUCUUUACACCUGGAGCAAAAUGAAAUCUUCCCUCUCAACACUCACUUAUAACCCAACAAAGGACAGACGAGGAGCAGUUCAAGUUCACACUUUUUUGUGUCAGUAACUCUGUGUGUGUAUAUAGGAUUUGUACGUGGAGAAAAGCUCUUUUAGAAACUGAGAAGUUUGGCAAUGCCUCUGAUUAAUAUAAAUAUUUCUAUUGUAUUUCAUAAGACCUGUAGUUUAUUGGACCAGUAGCCUCCUCCAGAAUGACCACUUUAUGUUGUAAUGAUGUCUAGAAAUGCCUUAAAAAUGUCUGAAUUUGCUAAA